AGGCCUCAAUCAUCAUGCGCAAACGCAGACAUGAUGAUAGCAGCCAGAAUAGCGAAGUAGCGUUGUCUUCUCAAGUAAAAAGAGCGGUCAAUCCACGUUCAACACGCUCGCAUUCAAGAUCAACAGAUAAAGGUAUAAGCGACGAGGCGAAGAAAAAUCAAUUUUCAGCUCCGGACUCCAAGAGCGCAGCCAGCAGGCCGUCACGGGGACAAUUCUCCCUAAAGCAUGCGCGCGAGGAGCCAGCCACGGAGCAGAAUCUUGUGAAUCAAUCUAGAGACUCGCCGCGGCCGCCCAUGCAGCCUUGCCUAGUUCAUUGCCAUGGAGCAAUGGAGGACAUGGACAGCAUUUCGAGCACAAACACCACCAAGAGGAAUGUCGAAGGGCGACCCUCCUUAAUAAUCCUCCAAACACAAUGCUUGGAGGCAAUCCUGCAAAAUUUGACACCGAUUUCCAGGUGUCCCUCCGCACCUCCCGUCCUGCUCGCAGAGGAACGCCUGGCGCUCCGAAAGCUCGGGCUUCAACUCAUGGCAUUAACGGCGCCAGAUGAUGGGGAAAAUAGCGGAUUUCCAUUGUCAUAUGCGGGGGCAGAGCAUGCCGGUGUGGACAUGGUGUCGGCGAGUGAGGAAGAGAGGGAGGAAAGACGAGGAGAGGCGAGUAAGGCGUUCGCGCCUCUUUGCGGCCGUGGUAUCGCCAGCGACGAAUCAAGUACAUACAACGGGUUGAGUAGUACUGAUAACGGGGCUCAAAGAUCAGGCAAUCGCCCAUCCCGACUCUCGUCUUCCUCUUCCGUUCCCGCUGCCUCGCUGUCUUCCCCUUCCCUUUCCUUAAAGCGCCCAUCGAGCGCCAUGCGGGCCUUCAGGUACAAAAGUGGCCCCUGCCCGAAACAUGCCUCCUACGACUUGCCCAGAACUAUAAAAGGGAACCCGGGGGGCAUUACUCGCGCCGGGAAGCCCCCUGACGACGGACUCCUCGUGCUGCCCGAGUCCGUCUGGCAGCAUGCCUUCUCCUUCGUUCCUGCCCACGACCUGUUGAGCGUCAUGCUCACCGCCCGUCCCUUCUGCAGCAUGGCCGAGCCAUUCAAAGGCUUCUAUUUUCACUGGAAUCUUCGCGCCGCAGAAAGCCUGCAAUCCCUCCGUCCUUAUAUCAGUAAGCUGCGGCACCUGAACGCGAAGAUGCGGGCCAUCCUCCUCGACUGGGUAACGGAUGUCCACCAGUCCCUCUCCUUCGCGCCCGCCACCCUCUACAGGACGGCACAGGUGCUGGAUCAAUUUUUGAGCCGCACUGAAAACGUGACCCGCGAGAAGCUGCAGUUGGUGGGGGUGACGGCCUUCAUGGUGGCCGCCAAGGGCGUGGAGCACACGCCCCCCGAUCCGGACGACUGUGCCUACUGGACCGACAACGCCUACAGCGGCCUGGAGGUCUCGUCCAUGGAAUCCCGCCUUCUCAAGGUCCUCUCGCAGUCACCCUUCCGCCCUCCCUCGCUCCCUCCCACCGCUCAGGACUUUCUCACCCUUUAUUUGAAGGAGGUAGGGGCUGGGAAGCUCGCUUCUUGCCGGGCCCAGUACUACUGCGAGCGGACGCUCCAAGAGCACGACAUGCUGUCCUUUCCUCCGUCGCUGAUCGCCGCCGCCUCUGUCAUCCUUGCCUUGAAGAGUAGUCCCAUCCCAGUCGUUGUCCAUCCAUGCUCCACCCAGAAGCCCAAGUCCUGGACAGAGGCCGUUGCGCACUAUUCCGGGUAUUCGGACACGAAGGUGGCGGCCUGCGCCCGGCGGAUUUGUCAGCACGUGCGGCACACCGUGACCACGCUGUCUGGUAGGAAAUUGGACGCGGUGAAAAGAAAAUACGCGAACGGGCUCUUCCUGGCCGUCAGUAGGAUGGAGCCUCCCACAUGGGGGGGGGGCCCGGGUGAAGACGCUGAGAAAGCGGAAGGAGGGGGCGGGCAAGAAGAGGGAGGAGAGAUCUCGAACGCUGAGGGAGGAAACGCGCCGGGCGGAGAUGAGGUGGACGUAGAGGAAGCAGGUGAGGAAGGGAACGGCGAUGGAGGGAUGGGAGGAGAUGUUGAGGGUGGGUUAGAGGUCUGA